GCUUGUCGAUCACAAGCCGGUUCAUCACCAAGCUAGGCCGUACUGUGCAUGCUCAUGCUUCUAGAGCAUCUUGGGAUACCUUCUACCCGGGCAAACCUGGUGCAGUUCGUCGAAAGAGUCAACCGUACCCAAGCGAAAGGCACUGUCAGCACGACAAAUACUGGCAGUCCCGGGAUUACGAAACGAAGGGCUAUCAACUUCGGUCUACGUGGAGCAUUUUGCUCAGCAAUAGUUCAGCCGAAGGACACCGAGAAGAUCUGCUCGGAUUUGCAGGAAGAGAGUAAUCCAGAUGUGCUCCGAACGGCCACAAGUGGUGCCUCCGGAGAAAGCAAGAGCCUGCGACUGAUGUAUGACAGGUAAGACCUCAAUCGCAAACUUACUAGCAGGUUUCGGAGUGCUACAGCCUGAGUCAGAGUUUCGCAAGCGGUCAUGUCUACCACAAAGAGCCCAUGUCUUGAUGAGAACUUCGACUUUUGAAGAGACCAAGCUCAUAAAGUAAGCGAACUUUGAGCACUCAACUUCCAGAUUCUGUGCAGUUACUCCGUGCAUUAGCAACGUUAAGCUCGAUCUUCAUUGACGUCCUUACAGAGCUGGCUCAUUGGGAAGGUGCCCCAGGCCGUCUAUCGAUAAGUCCUCGACUUUGAAGAGCGACUUUGGGAUGGCCAGACUUCUUUUGAGUAUUGAGAGGUGUUUUCACCUGCUAAUUGUUCUAGCGUUUUCUGCAACGCCACCGGAGAGUUGGAGGAUCCAGACUAUGUCACCUUUCUCCUUCUCAUCACAAUGGAUAACAGCAUCGUUGAUAGGGGCCGUAUUGCUUCCGCUGGCCUCCAAAGCAAACGAAUGAUUUGAAUCGUUGAAUACUCACUGUGCAACUUCCCGCUCCACAUCGGAAUGCUCCCCACGGUAAGUAGUUUCAUGGGGACACCCGCACUGGCAAACUGGAUCGCGGAAGGAGGGAGCUUCGAGUUUUCCAACAAAUGAAAAGCCGGUAUAAGCGAGAGCUAACCGGUCAUACAACUGGGGCUUACCCCAUCACCCUCUUAGCUUUCCGCCAACUUCCCUCAGGAUGGCAGGUCGACUCAGGGUUGAUCAAGCAAAUUGUGCCAAUAUUGAAGACGAAUUGGACAACCAAUCACAACAUUGCCAUGGGCGUCACACGCCUGGAAAAGUCCUGGGGGUAUGCCAUGGGGUUUUAUCCGAAGGCGCUCAUCCGGGGCAUGGAUAUUGCGACUGAUACUCCAUACUCCACGCAAAUGCCAGACCCUUCGGAUGAAUAAUCCCAAGGCGUCUGACCUGUUGAUCAGGUACAAAAACAGGCCAUGGAUCCUUUUUCGAUAAGACCAGUCCGCAUCACAGGCAGUUGUCGAUCUACUUCUUUUUCUCCUCCUCUGAUCAGCGAUUAUCUCUGCAAUCGUACUUCCUGCUCCGCAGCCAGCUGGGAAUAGUCCAUAUCACAACCUCAGGUCACAAUGAUGGAGGACAAGGAGAUUGGAGAGCCCACCAAUACCGUCGAGCAUAUUACCCAGCUCCACGAGUUCGAGAACAAAGAGGGAUACAUUAUCGACGCCAGCGAUCCGGAGCAUGCCAACUUGAAACGAGCACGAGAUGGCCAUACCAUCCUUCUUCCUCAGCCUUCUUCCGACCCCAAUGAUCCUCUCAAUUGGAGUCGCUUCAAGAAGCACUUGAUCUUGAUCAUCGUCUCCAUGGCAGCAUUCCUUCCCGACUACGGCAGUGCGACGGGUGCCGUGACCUUGCUUCCUCAAGCGACGGUAUGGGGAAUGACUCCAGAUCAUGUCAACCAUUCACAAGUCGGCAAUGUCUUCAUGCUGGGUGCUGGAGGUGUCGUCGUGGUUGCGUUGUCAGCAUACUUUGGCCGUCUCCCGGUACUUUUCUACUUCCUCGUACUCGCUACCGCCACGGCAGUCUGGUGCGCCGCUGCACAGUCAUUCGAAUCCUUCAUGGCCGCCCGUAUCCUGAAUGGAUUCUUCAGCACCGUUGCCCAAGGAGGAGGCUUGAUGUUCAUUUACGAUCUCUUCUUUUUCCACGAACGGGCGAGGAAAAUCAAUAUAUGGGCAGUUUUUAUUAUUCUUUCGCCAUAUUUCGGCCCGUUAUUUGCUGCUUUCAUCAUCAGUACACAAUCUUGGCGUGUACCGUUUGAAGUAUAUGUUGCUGAGACCGCCUUAUGCCUAGUUCUGACCGUUCUCUUCGUUGAAGAGACCUACUACGACCGGAGAAUUCCGGCAUCCUCUCAGCCACCGCGUGGCAGCAAAAUCUGCCGACUCCUUGGUGUUGCACAAUACCGCUCCCGCCAUCUUCGCAACACCCUCACCCAGGCACUUAUGAGACCUAUCAAGGUUGUCCUAAAGCCCACAGUCUUCAUCUCAUGCUUCUACUACCUCCUGACCUUCGCUUGGGUGGUCGGCAUCAAUACGACAUUGGCAAUCUUCCUCACACCACUCUACAACUUUGGUCCUUUGCAAAUUGGAUACUUCUACUUCACUCCGAUUGUAGCCGCACUGCUGGGCGAGAUCAGUGGUCACUGGCUACACGAUGCCAUCGCCAAUAACUACAUCAAGCGACAUAAGGGGCAUUUCGAGCCAGAGACCAGACUUGAAGCUAUAUGGAUUUCAACCCCGUUUAUGCUCGCCGGGCUUGUUGGUCUAGGUUUUGCGCUUGAAGAUGCCUACCACUACAUGGUUACCAGCGUAUUUUGGGGCUUAUAUGUGUUUGGUAUUAUGAUCACGACGGUGGCACUCAAUGCCUACAACCUCGACAGCUAUCCCGAGGCCUCGGGAGAGGUUGCUGCUUGGAUUAACUUCUGCCGAACAACAGGCGGCUUCAUCAUUUCCUAUUUCCAAGUAACUUGGGCAAACGCGCAAGGGACCAAAACCUCAUUCGGUAUUCAAGCUGCAAUCUGUGCCUUUGCAUUCUUCUUGAUCGUCUUCCUCCAAUUCUUUGGGAAGAGGUUAAGGGUCAUGUCUGGCGCAUUGAAUUUUGCGACUGCAUGAAAAAUUGUCUUGGGCCGAGAUCGUGCCAGAAGCUGUCGUGAAAUUCAUGUUUUGGUGAAGAUCUCCUGUGGCACAACGAGGAAAGAGUCAUUGACCCAGGGGGUGUUCACUGAUAUCUUGAUCAUAAUUGUGACUGCGACUCUGGAACUGCAAUUCCCGAGACAGUCCUGCAGCAACUUGAGCACAUGUCAGUUAUCCAAUCCUUCCAAACAAGUAAUUA